UCAAAAGUUGCAAACUGGGUUUCAAUAUAUCCUCUCUCCCAAAAUUUUUGCACUUUCCCAAGUAACUAUUGUGUGAUUCUUCUCAUUUUCUUCUUCCUGAAUUUUAAUUUCAAAUAGUGCAAAGUCAUGAGUGGUAUUUAAUUUUAAGAAUAUAUACCACUGUGACCAAAGUGCAUGUCCCAAAAGAAAAAUAUAUCCAGCUGUAAAACAAAACUCUGUGUCGGAAGAGGUUUUGAGGUCACCAGAAAGGAUUUAUAGAGAAAAAUGAUUUGUUUUAUGCAAUGGUUGUUGGGGUUCGCUUUUGCUUCACUUCUCUGAGAUCAAGUCCGGGUGAUGGCAAUGUUUUUCCAUAGUCUGGAUUUAGUGAGUCAGAUAUGGCCGCUUCUUGUUAUUUCAAGCUUCAACCCCAAUUGUAUGGUGUUGGCAUAAAUUUGUUGUGGUGAUGAACGUUUGAUGUUGGUAAGUUAUGGAUGUAGUGAUUUGAUGUGGGGAGAUGGAUUUGGAGUUUGAGAAGUACUGCACAUUGGAUGGAAGUCCAAGCCCAACAACGGUGCUUCUCUCCCCCAUCCAUCAGAAACUCGAGAAGAUGAUCUCACGGGAAAGAUCAUUUAGCAACAGCAACUACUUGUUCCGGAGCGAAGACUACUUCACCCAUACAUCAGUAGAUGAUGAUGAGGAUUUGCUUAGGCGGAGUUCCUCCAAUAUGCAAAAACCAGACAGUGGUAAGGAGAGGACAAAGAUAGAAUUCUCACGAGAUAGCGCCGCCGCAUUCUCGUUUGGAAUUGUUGACGCAUUGUGUGGCUUGGACGAUGAUUACGCAGCUUCAUCAAGCCCAGCAGCAGGCUAUAGCAGCGGCAGAAGACUUGGCAAAAAUCUCCACCCUGACCUGUUUAAUCUCAAUGCUGCUGCUGCAAUGUUACCAGCACCUCAUUCGCCUUUCUGGUCAGAAAACAGUGGCUCGAGAGCCAGUAGUAGCAGUAGUAGUAGUCCAAAAGCAGUCCGGUUCGGUCCUAUGAAAAGGCCAUUCGGUAAAAGAAUCAAAUCCCCCAGAAAAGGAAAUAGUGUAUUGGGCAAUUUGGCGGCGGCGGCGGUUGAAUCUGGGGUUGGGGUGCCGCCAAUUUGGGUUACUCCUCCUAUCACAGAAAGCGUUAAUGGGGCGAAGCGAGAUUUUUCAAACAUGGCUUCAUGCUUGCAAGGUGUUCUCAAGCUGGAGAAGAAACGACAUGGCUUCAUUCAGUUUUCAGUACCCUUCUCUGAAGAAGACACAGUUUUUGUGGCCGAGGAGAAGCGGAAUUCAGGGUAUGAGUUCCGUUCUCUUCCUAGUAAUAAUAGAAAGAAUGAGGAUAACCACUAUAGAUUCAAAGAGCCAUCAUCGUCUUUUAUUGUCGGGCAUAUGAGGAUGUCUUGUCGUAUCAAAACAAAACUAAAACACCAUCCGGGAGUUUGUAAUAACAACGACAACAACUUUUUCGUCAUGGAAUUUGUGUUGUAUGACAUGAGAGAAAAUGGUUCAUUUCUCAAAAGUUUAUAUGCUCCUUCCCCCGAUGAUGUUUUAUCUGGGACAGGUAAUAUUGGCCCCAGAAAGAAGGCUCCUGCUCCUGCUGCUAUUCAUAAUGAUGAUCCACCUUUGGAAUUGCGACCGGAGCUUGAACUUGCAGCGAUUGUGAUUGAAUUGCCAUUUGCUUUGAAAAAUAGAAACUGGUGCGAGAACAAGUUGUUGAGAUCUGAGGAUGAUGCUUGUUGCGAAUAUAAUAGUAACAACAACGGUCUGAGUCACGUGAAGAUGAUGAAUGUGGUGCUCCCAUCAGCUGGGGGGCGUCACAGUCUGCCAACAACUGAAAGCCGGGAGGCCCUGCAUCCGUUGAUCGAUAGGUGGCGGCUAGGUGGAGGUUGUGACUGUGGUGGCUGGGACCUGGCUUGCCCCCUAAGAGUUUUUGACAUUACAAAUGCCCAGAUUGGCAAUGACGACGACUCUCCACUCAUAAACAACCAUAAGCCAUUUGAACUUUUCCUUCAGGGAAAGAAAGGCAAGGCACCAGCAUUGACGAUGAUGGCAUUGACGGAUGAUGGGCAACAAUAUGCGGUCAGCUUCCAGCAUGAGUUAUCUGUGUUACAAGCAUUCUCCAUUUGUGUUUCAGUUCUGCACACUACGGAGGCCUUAGCAGCAGGUUCUGUGGAACGCAGGAGAGGCAAAAAUGUAAAAUCCUUGCAGCAAAGAAUGUUUGCCAAUCAUGACUUUGGUAGUUUGACUGUUGGAGUUAGGCAGCAAGAGAAGGCGAAAGGUAGCAGAAAGGUUGACCAAUCUCUUCCUUUAUUUGUUGUCAACCCUCUCUUCUCUUCCAUUGCUCGAAUAUGAGUUUGCAAAUUUGUUAUAUUUUCAAGUCUUGAGAAGGAGAAGAGAAGCAAGGAUGAAUAAUAUUCAUACAAUUAAUUAGUUGAUAGCCUAGGGGAUAUAAAUAUCAUAAUUUCUUUUGCUUUUAGAAGAAUAUCCUAGAUAGAUGUGUUUUGGAGAUAAAAAGGUUGCUUCCUUUAGGAUCCUUUGAUUUAUGUAACAAAAGGGAAGGGGAAGUAUGUCUGACUUUGACUUCCGGAUUUGAAAACUCCAGCAGCACUUGACGUUCUAUGUUUACAUACACAUAUAGAAAAUGCACUUGGUUGUUUGCAGGUUUGUUGAGCUGGAUGAGCGCCAGGGCUUUAAAUGAAC